UGUUUCUUAGCAGGCGGAGCCAAGUCCAGGCCGUCUCACCCAGACUGCGCGUGCGCCCGCCCGGCAGCCGGCGGCCGCGGUCUCCGCUGCAGCCUGCCGCCAGGGUGUCGCGCUGAUGCACGGGCAGCAGCGCGGGCCACGAUGACAGAUUACGGCGAGGAGCAACGCAACGAGUUGGAGGCUCUGGAGUCCAUCUACCCCGACUCCUUCACAGUGUUAUCAGAAAACCCACCCAGCUUUACUAUUACUGUGACAUCGGAGGCUGAAGAAAAUGAUGAAACUGUCCAGACUACCCUCAAGUUUACAUAUAGUGAAAAAUACCCCGAUGAGGCUCCCCUUUAUGAAAUAUUCUCCCAGGAAAAUCUGGAAGAUAAUGAUGUCUCAGACAUUUUAAAAUUACUGGAAUUGCAGGCUGAGGAGAAUCUUGGCAUGGUGAUGAUCUUCACCCUUGUGACAGCUGUUCAGGAAAAGUUAAAUGAAAUAGUAGAUCAGAUAAAAACCAGAAGAGAGGAAGAAAAGAAACAGAAAGAAAAGGAAGCAGAAGAAGCAGAAAAGAAACUGUUCCAUGGAACUCCUGUUACAAUUGAAAAUUUCUUGAGUUGGAAGGCCAAGUUUGAUGCAGAACUCCUGGAAAUUAAAAAGAAAAGGAUGAAAGAAGAAGAACAAGCAGGGAAAAAUAAGCUAAGUGGGAAACAGUUAUUUGAAACAGAUCAUAAUCUUGACACAUCUGAUAUCCAGUUCCUGGAGGACGCUGGGAACAGUGUGGAGGUGGAUGAGUCCUUGUUCCAGGACAUGGAGGACUUGGAGCUGGAGGAUGGUGAGGAUGACCCCGACUACAAUCCUGCUGCCCCAGGGAGCGACUCAGACUGAUGCACUGUCCCUGUCUCCAGAGAGGCAUGGCCGCCACAGCAUCUGUGGCGAUGCUUAGAGGGUUUACAUCUUCCUUUUUUUUUUUUUUUUCUAAGAAAAGACAUAUUCAGGAGAAUUUUCUUCUGAUAGCUUUCAUCAUUGAACUUAAUAAACUGCCCAUAAAAUUUCAAAUAUAAAAUGUUUACUUCCUCUUACUGAUGAAGUUUAGAUAUUUUAAAUCAUUUAGUGUUGAAGAGAGGUCCUCCCUGUAUCACUUAUGUAGGCUUCUGCUGUAAAUUCGUGAGUUUACAAAUGAGGAAUUGGCAUAAUUCAGGAUUUCCAUGUGGGAGUUGGUGGUUAUUUUGGAUUCCAAGUGUCUUAUAAGAUGUUUCGAGUGAAUAGAACAGUAACCUGGUCUCUAGGCGCAUGGCACAAUAAUUGAGUCUUAACAAAGUUAGAAGCUCAAAUAUUAUGUGUGGAGGAAUAAAAUGGACUUUAUUACAGUGGUGGCAGCAUUUGAGUCACACUUUGAAGGUUUUGAGGAAUAAGCUCCUGAGCCCUUCCCUAGUUAGAGCCACAAACAACAGGUCCCAACCUGAUUUAAAACAGUUCAGACUGAUUACAGCAGGUCUGGAGGUUUUCUAACAUACAUUCCUGAUUGAGCCUCUGACCUGUUGGUUUGUCUUACCUGGUUAGGGUUUCCUGCCAGUUAACUAGUCCCAAGGGUCUGUUGGGACUGUUCAUUAUUGGAAGAGAGAUAUGUCCUUAUAUAUGCAUAUGGGAUGCUGUCUUCAUAUUAAAUUGAAAUGGUUGGUUGGAGCAUCAGGUAGGAGAGCCAAGCUUUCUGCAGACUGUCUACUCAUGGUUUUAGACAGUUAAGACCUACUGAAAAUCACUUGUGCUAUUUCAAGUACCCAUCUUCCAUCAAAAAUAUGUCUUUGUUACAUAUCCACAAAUGCAGUGUCAACCUCGCAGUUAUUUUUGGAGUGAGACUUAUGAUUAAAAUCAAAGUAUUUAAAACUA